AUUCUGAAAUACAGGCUGCAUGAGGAGGUGCCAGUGAUGUGUGUACACAGGAACGUACCAGACUACACCAACUGUGAUUCCGGUAUUACAACUGAGCUAUCGACGCCGGACACAAAUUCCACCAUCAAUGAUGGCAAAUCGUAUAACUUGGAGAUGGACAUCCGGUCUGGCUAUCACGUGGUCAUGUCUCGGAACUCUACUUACGACAAUCUUGACUACUCCAAGUACUUUUUUCCCAACGAGAUGUGGCUACGGAAAGCGGAUUGGGAGAUUGGCUUGAAGGCGACGGCGUCGCUCGUCAUGGUGAUCCUGGGAAUUGUGGGUAACGCUCUGCUGCUAACGGUCGUAUUACGAACCCGUUCUAUGCGGACUCCAGCAAACCUGUUGAUUGCCAACAUGGCUGUCGCAGACCUGGCAACGCUUAUAAUCCUACCCUGGAUAUUCAUAUGCAUGGACUGCUUUCAGAACUACAUCCUGGGAGAAAUUGGCUGCAAAGCGCAAGGAUUUCUUGAAUGUUCUCUUCUGUUCACUGGAGUUCUCAAUCUGGUGGCCGUGAGCUACGACAGACUGACGGCAAUAGUGAUGCCACUGGAGGCCCGGUUAACAGUUCGUGGGGCCCACAUCCUGAUGGCAUCCACCUGGGUAACGGGCGUAAUCCUCGGACUGCCCCUCAUCUUCUUCAGAAUGUACAGGGAGCGGAAAUGGAAGAAUUUCUACGAGACUUACUGCACAGAAGAAACUAAGGUAAUGCCCAUUUACUGGUACGUCGUCAUCGUCUUCGUGGUCUGGCUGCCUCUCGUCAUCAUGGUCCUCUGCUAUUCCGCUCUCUUCUUCAAGCUGGGUCAGUACGAGAGAAGGGUCUUGCGGCGUGAACACCCGAUUAAUGUGAGCUACAAGACCAAGGUGUUUCGCACCUUGUUCGUGGUGGUGUUGGUGUUUGUGGUGUGCCGCGUACCCUUCACGGCCCUCAUCUUCUUGCGUGCCGACCUGCAAGGGGGCACACAAACCAUGAACCAGGUUGUUGAUGGCUACAGCACCCUGAGGUUCGUCUGCCAUUAUCUGAUCACAGUGAAUGCCGCAGUGAAUCCCAUUAUCUACGGCCUUACCAAUGAAAACUUCCGGCGUGCUUUCCGAACAACGAUGCUUGCCCGAAGGCUGUUCGGGGCAGCCACUACUGUGACCGUUCCACGAGCACCCCUUUCGCCAAUCCGCAAGCUUGAACCUAGGAACCUUUGUGACAAAGCUGACUACAAAAAGCAGUGGUUCAGCCAACCGAAAUAAAUUAAGGGAAGGAUAUGGAGCCUCAAUUGCUACAACAAAUUCUUCAGGAGUUUCGUUCUAUUUUCGGUGUUUCCGAAUAUACCUUCCUUUGUCAAAAAAAAAAAAAAACAUUGAUAGUAUGUAACUUUAAACAAGCGAAGUUCCAUGCCUUCAACGAGAUGUCCUUUGUGACGGAUUUGGUUCCCAUCAGGUAUUCAAAAUAGUAUCUAGUAAUCUGCCAAUCUUCAUUCCACCAAUUGCUCCACAAUCACCCUCACCUA